GAGUCACGUGACGGUGGCAAACACUUCCGCUUGUAUAGUGUAAGUGCGCGUUUCUCAACCCAGCGAGUGUAAACAAACACGGACAUUAACCGAUGUAGAAAGAAGCGCUGUGUUCAGAUUUCGGGGUUAACAUGGUGAAGUGUGUGGUGCGGGGAUGCCAGAACCAAAGCGACCUGAAACCGGGGGAAAUGCGCAACAGGCCCCGGAAGCGCUUCUUCAGCUUCCCCGCGGACCAGGGCCGCGUUAGAGUGUGGAUGGCCGCGCUGCGGGAGUCGGUGCGCUUCUCCACCGAGCACAAGAUCUGCGAGGAUCACUUCCUGCCCGAGCACAUCACCCCGGGCGGCAUCAGCUCGGACGCCAUCCCCAUCAUGCCCCCUCUGGAGGGAGGGAUACUGGGCUCGGGCGGCUGGAUCUCACCGGUGGAGAUCAGCGAUGAGCUUACAGACCAGAUUGAAGUGGUGACUGAAAUUCCAGCAGAUGAUGACGUGGAGGACGACGACGAGCAGGACGACGACGACGACGACGACGAUGAUGAGGAAGAUGAGGAUGACGAGGAAUGUGAAGACUCUGAUUAUACAGAGGAAGAGCCACUGAACAUCGAUGAGGAAGCUGAGAAGGAGUGGCUGGAAAGACUCCAAGAGAAUCUUAAAAAUGCAACGGGAAAGAAGCGUGUUCGUGCAAAAUAUGGCGCCACUCCUCGCUCCGAAGUAACGCUUGGACGGCUCACCAAGCGUUUCAUGGAUCUGCUCCACGCAGCUCCAGAAGGAAUUCUCGACCUCAACGAGGCCACGGAAAAACUAGGCACUCGCAAGAGGCGGGUGUAUGACAUCACCAACGUACUCAACGGUAUUAAGCUCAUUGCAAAGAAGUCAAAAAGCAAGAUUCAGUGGGUGGGUCCAUCACCGAUUAGCUGUUUCAAAGGCCAGUGGAAGGGCAAGAUGAAGAGCGAUCUGCUAAACCUAAAGACGAUGGAGGAGUCUCUGGACUGGUUAAUUAAAGACUGUGCCCAGCAGCUGUUUGCCCUAACAGACCUCACAGAAAAUGCUAACUCCGCUUACGUGACGUACGACGACGUCUGUCGGAUCGCGGCCUUCCAGGAUCAGACCGUGAUCGCCAUCAGAGCUCCCGAGGAGACCAAGCUGGAGGUUCCUACACCCACCGAGGACUGUAUUAAGAUCCACCUGAAGGGCUCCAGAGGUCCCAUCCACGUGCUGACGUGUGAAACGAACGGGUCGGACACAACCACGCAGUCGGAGCAGCUGAGAACCGGCCGUUUCCUCACGCUGGAGGAGAGCAGGAUCGAGACGACGCCACUCCUCGCAGAUCUUCCGACCAUCUCUCCCGCUGUCCGGAGCGCGUAAGGUUCCGAAAACGAACGCAGCCGAAGGACCGCAUACAGUCACAAACUGCUGUUAAUCUCCAGGAGAGCUUAUUUGGGGACCCGCUGCUGUAAAAUGUGAAAUAUGUCGAUAGGAUCACAGAUUUAUAAGCUUUAUUUUUAUAUGCAUACAAGAAAUUGUUCAAAAGUGAAAUUUCAAGCAUUACAAAUUCAUUCUUCACAGUCUUUCCCAAGCAAACACGAUCACGUAUUUUGUUUUGUUGUAUGUUAUGUUUAAAAUUCAGAAAAUUAAUUAAAAAAAUAAUCAACAAUGUGUAAUAAUA